AUGCUGAAGUUAUUGCGAAAACUACCUGUGCGUCAUCACACACGGGAAAGACUUGUGCGUGUAGCUCUCUGUGGUGCAACCAAUAAUCGCAGCUUCUCCAGUGAUGAUGCUCCGAUCGUGGAGCUUCCCGGGUUUGGCAAGCUUAAGGGCUCGUACACUAAAAGUGCCUGGACUGGUACACCGAUCCAGCAGUACCUGAACGUGCGGUACGCUGAGCCAGCAGUAGGCAAAAACCGCUUUAAGGCACCAAUACCCGUAAAACCGUGGGAAGGUGUGCAGGAUGUUUCGGCACGUGGUCGUGGAGCUCCCUGCUAUGGAGAUCUCAAGAAACUUCCCAAAGAUCAGCUGUCAGCGGAGCUGGAAGAUUGCAUCAGUCUGUGCGUGUACACGAAGGACACUAGCGCCAAGCGGCCCGUUGCCGUCUAUAUUCAUGGCGGUGGUUUCUACAGUGGUAGUGCCGCUCAGCAUCCACCCGAGUAUCUGCUCGAGAAGGAUAUCGUGCUGGUUGUGCCACAGUAUCGCUUGGGAGCGCUUGGAUUUCUUUCCACCAAAACGGACGCCAUUCCCGGUAAUGCGGCCAUAAUGGAUGUGCUGCUGGCGUUCGAAUGGGUCCAGCAACAUAUCGCACAGUUUGGCGGUGAUCCGGAACAAGUGACAGCCGUCGGACAGUCGGCCGGUGCUGGUAUACUGUCGUCGCUGCUGUUUAGCCCUGCGCUGAAAGAGUCAUACUUCCAGAAGAUUAUUCUUCACUCGGGAGCCGCCUUCGGUAGCUGGCUGUUUGAUCACAACGGUGAGACGAAUGCCCGGGAUAUUGCGCGUCGUGCUGGGUUCGAUCACAAGGCACCACUCGAACGAGUUGAGGAGUUCCUGCUCGAGGUGGACACGUACACUCUGCUGAAAGCUUUCAUGCAGCACAAUUGGCAAGGUCUUCAUAAGGGAAUCAAUAGCACCGGAGGCCGUAUGACGAUUGGUGGACCAUCCCAGAUCUUCCCCAAAUCACCGUACGAGGUGAUGAAGGCCGGAGGAGGAAGGAAAAAUAUUCCCAUGUUGACGGGCGUAGUCAAAGACGAGGGCACAUUCGCACUGGUGGAUGUGUUUACCAUUCUGACCGCGUUGAAACUUUACGACAAGAAAGACUUCCUGAGGUUUGAUGUGAUCGAGGAGAUUCAGCGAAUUCUCGGUACGGUAGAGGUGUCCUGCUCCGUUACGCCACUGGCCGUGAAGAGUAUGUUGGACAUGGAGGCGGCCGCUAACGGCGACAUCUUGAAGAUGAUUCCAGGGCUUAUUGAUCUCUGUGGAAUGCAUCUGAUCAAGUCCAGUGUACUUCGGUUAGCGCAGUACAAUAGCAGACACACACCGGAACAAACGUUUGUGUAUUCGUUCGACUAUCGUGGUGAACAUACGCGCUUCGGUUACGAUCAAGACAUUCGCCAUAUUCCAUUCGACGGUGGUGUACAUCAUACGAACGAUCUGCUGUACCUGUUCCCCUAUCCACCUACAGCUGCCCAGCUCAACGAACAGGACACGGCGAUGGCGAAGAAAAUGGUUGACCUGUGGACAUCGUUCAUUGUGGAUGGUGUACCUAAAGCGCAAGACCUUCCACAUUGGCCGCCAUUUAAUCAGAUCUUCGGUCCGUACGUUCACCUCGACCAGCAGCUAACGGUAGGCAACAACUUCCUGGACGAAUUCACGGUCAACGCUGACGCUGCUCGGCGACAGCGGCAGCAGCAAAAAGAUUCCCCCGCACAAGACAACGGUACCGUCGGCACACAUCAGGACGAACUAAUCCGGCGAAAUCUAGCCCAGCAGCAACAACGGGUGUAG